ACGGCGGGGAGAUGUGUCGAGCCCCUCGCGGAUCAGUAUACGUGGCAUACAGCGGUUGCAGUACCAUGUAGGGGGGCUCCGUCUCGCUCGUCAAAUCGCGGGGCAUUGUGGGGCGGAGGCGGCCUUUUCUCUCUGCGUCCAGGCGAUCGGGAAAUCUUCAAGUAAAUAACGUUUACAGGGGGAGGAACGGCACGAGCGCAGCCUGCGAAAAAAAUCCAACACGUCAAAGCUGUGUUGCGCUUUAGCCUUAAUUAUUGAAAUAAAACCUUAGUAUUGCACGAACAUGGGGCAGGAGGAUCUCAUGAACACAGCCGAAGACGUGGCAGACCAGUUCUUGCGGGUAACUAAACAGUACCUGCCCCACCUGGCGCGACUGUGUCUCAUCAGCACCUUCCUGGAAGACGGCAUCCGCAUGUGGUUUCAGUGGAACGAGCAGCGAGACUACAUCGAGGCUACCUGGAGCUGUGGCUACUUCUUGGCCACGUGCUUUGUGCUGCUUAACCUCAUAGGACAGCUGGGUGGUUGUGUCCUUAUCCUCAGUAGAAAUUUUGUACAGUAUGCCUGCUUUGGACUGUUUGGAAUCAUAGCGCUACAGACUGUUGCAUACAGCAUUUUAUGGGAUCUCAAAUUUUUGAUGAGAAACCUUGCCCUCGGAGGUGGCCUGCUCCUGCUGCUGGCCGAGUCUCGUUCGGAAGGAAAGAGCAUGUUUGCCGGAGUCCCUUCCAUGGGAGAGAGCUCGCCGAAGCAGUACAUGCAGCUUGGUGGUCGAGUACUGCUGGUGCUCAUGUUCAUGACUCUGCUGCACUUCGACUCCAACUUCUUCUCUAUCCUGCAGAACAUGGUCGGGACUGCCCUCAUCAUCCUAGUGGCCAUCGGCUUCAAAACCAAGCUAGCGGCGCUGACCCUCGUCUUGUGGCUGCUGGUCAUCAACAUCUACUUCAACGCUUUCUGGACCAUCCCCGCCUACAAGCCCAUGCAUGACUUCCUCAAGUACGACUUCUUCCAGACCACCUCGGUCAUCGGCGGUCUGCUGUUGGUGGUGGCACUUGGACCUGGUGGAGUGUCCAUGGAUGAAAAAAAGAAAGAGUGGUAGGCAAACGUGGGGUGAGAUCAGAGGAUUGCACAGCAGCACCACUUACUUCCCCCACAGACCGGGACACAAAGACCCUCCCUCUCCUCAAGUUCCCCCCACCAGGGUACACUUUUGUUUUUGUUUUGUUUUUUCUAGCUCAUUUUUUUAUUUGGCCAAAUCCACAGACACCACGUCAGCCAUCAAUGGACUUUUUUUUUUCUUUUUACUCCAAACUGCUGUUUUUUUAGUUGAAUAUCUAUAAUGCCAGAUUUUUUCUAAACUUUUCUUGUAUGUCCUCUUUUUCCAUGACAACAAGAUUAAUAAAACAUCAUUGUAUUUAAAGUGCAACGUAAACAGCUAAUGGAGUGAAAGAAAACAUUUGUGUUGUGUGUGCAGGAGGAAUAAAAAUAAUUUAUUGUAUUUUAUGGGUGUUAUGCCAUAAGUUAUAAUAGAUUAAUGUUUCUGAAUAAAACUGGCAAAUUGGA